CUUGAACUCAUUAAAAAGUUCUCUCUUUUCUUCCAUUGUACCACUUUUCAUCAAGCCAAACCAACAGUUUUUUUGUCUGGGAAAAGUGGCACAUCCGUGGCUCGAAUAAUGAGAUAAGGAGGAACUGAAUUUUGACGAAUAAGAUCUUAAUAUCUCCAUCUUUAUAAUGAAGUACAAUUUAUGGAAUGUUUUACUGCUUUGAAUUUCUCGGUAAAUAAUUUCCAUAUUCUUAACACACUCAAAUUAAUAGAUAAAUGUCUAAACAAGUGUCCUUAUCAAGUACUUUCAUUCGAUAUCGUAGUAUAAAAGUUGGCAGUCGAAAUAUUUGCGGCCAAAAAUCAACGAUGGUAGGUUUGCAAGGGGUGGUGUUGGUGUUAUUCUUACAAGGCUUGCUUGGCUCAAGCAAUCAACAACAUAGCUGUUUCUGAAAACAGUAUCUAGAAUUGUAGAUAUACUGUUUUGAAGAAUGAUACUUUCAUAUUGCAAAACUACUUUUAGAACAUUGGUCAAAAAAUCAACAACCGAUUUCUCCCAGACUCUUUCAAGAUUGGAGUGGCAAAUGCCGCUCCACAAAUUGAGGGAGCAUGGAAUGAGGGAGGCAAAGGAGAAACAAUCUGGGACAGAUUUGCUAUGACACGCCCCGAGAUGAUCAUUGACAGGUCAACUCCCGAAGUGGCUUGCGAUUCCUAUCAUAAAUGGAGAGAGGAUUUAGCUAUAAUCAAAGGACUGAAUUCGCAAUUCUAUAGGCUUUCAAUUGCUUGGGCCAGGAUCUUGCCAACCGGGUACUACAAUGGCACGAAAAGCAUCAACCAAGAGGGUGUAAGAUAUUACAAAACCCUCCUAAGAGCAAUGAAUAAGCUGGGAAUUGAACCAAUGGUAACUCUCUACCACUGGGACCUUCCUCAGCAACUGCAAGAUGACUUUGGAGGCUGGCUGAGUCCUAAGGCAGCUGACUUAUUCGCUGAGUAUGCUAGACUUUGCUACAAACUUUUUGGAGAUGAAAUCAGAUGGUGGAUCACAAUCAACGAACCAAAACAGGUAUGUGAAGCAGGAUAUGGUGGAGGUGCUUUUGCCCCUGGAAUUUUUAAACCUGGUGAAGGCAACUACAUUUGUGCUAAGAAUGUCUUGUUGGCUCAUGCUAAGGCCUACCGAAUCUAUGACGAAGAAUUUAGAGCAACAAAUAAAGGGAAGGUAGCUAUGGUUAUCGACACCCCUUGGUUCGAACCAGGCAGUCAGAGACCAGCCGAUGUUGCUGCAGCCGAGAGAGCUAGACUUUUCAUGUACGGUUUGUAUGGUCACCCAAUCUACUACGGCGACUGGCCCAAAAUAGUCAAGGACAGAGUGGCGCUGCGCAGUCGCGCCGAGGGUUUAAAAGUUUCCCGCCUUCCUGAGUUCACCCCUAAAGAGAAGAAGCUGAUCAAAGGCACCAAUGACUACCUCACCAUUAACUACUAUGCCACCCACAUGGCAAACGCAACCGGCGAAGCCCCGUUCCACAGACGUAGCUUCUACGAUGACAUGAACAUCAACGAGUGGAUCAACCCUGCGUGGCCCAAAGGUGGACCCGGUUGGUUCUCGAUCUGGCCCAUGGGAUUGAGGAAAGUACUAAACUGGUUGAAAGAAACCUACGGGGAUCACGAAAUUGUCAUCACCGAAAACGGUCUCUCUGAUAACACUGGAGCUAUUCAGGAUCCUCACAGGAUCAAAUACAUUAGAGAUCACUUAAGUGCCUGUUUGGACGCCAUUUAUGAAGAUAACGUUCGUUUAGUAGGAUACAUGGCAUGGAGUUUCAUGGACGAUUGGGAAUGGACUGGAGGAUAUGGGUCAAGAAUAGGAAUGUACUACGUAGAUUACAAUAGUCCCAACAGGACAAGGACGCGAAAAGCUUCAGCACUUUACUUCAGGGAAGUAUGCAAAAACAGGUGUCUGGUAGAGAAUUGUGUGUAAACCAAUGUUGUGAUGUAAAUACUUGAGAAUAAAAUGAUAUAUCUUA